AUGGUACAUCAGUUUGCUGCUGUGUUCUCGGACGAUGAUGAAGGUAAGAAAGGCAGCUACAAUUUGAAUAUUACUAAGGCACUGGCUGAUAAACUACCAGGAGACGGAACACAGGAAGAAGAAUGGCACAUGGAUUUUAUGCCUACUGGGUAUCUUCCUGAUAGUGUAUACAGAGAACUAGCGUGGUACGGUAUCCUACAAAUUCAGCCUCUCCACCACAGCUCUAAAUACAAAGUAGCUGCUCAACUGAUAUGGCAGCAUACUUUGGGGCGACCACACGUCAUCAUGGAAAAUCCGCCACAGAUUGCUGUGAGUAAAUUUUUAGAUGAAUGCGCAAUCGACAAUAACAUUGUGAUCACAUUCGAAUAUUUCGGUGAUGAACCCCGUAAAGAUGUUUUGCGUAAUGCCACUUUGUGCACUACCUGGGAUCCUUGCCGAUUAUCUUAUCUGUACCGACUUGAGCCACCUCCAGUAGGUUUGAUGCCCGCGUUCCCAACAACAACGAGUAAUCCUUGCGAAUCUACUGUUUGUCCAGAAUGUUUGGAAGAAAAUGCUGAUGAUUUAGGCGUUGAAAUACCACCUCCUCUCGCCCAGCUCCGCGUCAGUGGAAACGCGGCCUUAGCCACCACUCCCUCCGGCCGCUGCCUCGAAUCUUGCGGGCAGCGGAGUGGCAGCGGCAGCGACGCGGAAGCGGAGCGGCAGCGGCAGCGACGCGGAAGCGGAGCGGGCAUCGCAGACCCGUUCUCGAAACUAGCGGGCGGAUCGCGCGUCACCGCUUAUUAAGGAGAAAUUGAUGGUGGCGUUGAGUCCAUCCCCGAAGACUGA